AUGAGUACGGCGACGAGGACGAUUAACGUGACAGCCUGCAUUAUGGUGAUGUUCCUGAAAGGAAUUUGAAUUAACCAAAAGGCGAUGGAGAUCUUGGCGCCCAGUUUUUUUUUAAUUGGAUGCGCCAUGCUCGUGACUCCUAAUCAAGAUCUCGGUAUUGAAGAGUUUCUCUCUUGGGUUCUCCAAAGCCAUCGUAUGCCAGUUUCACGACACUGGAAUCUUGGCGGGGUCGCCCCUUCGGAGUCUGAGUGGCUGAAAUUCCUGGAAAUCGCUUUGCAAAACUGA